AUGGACACUUGUGAAAACAGCAACACAGUUUGUUUAAUCGAAGCACUUGUUGCUUUUGGAACUUCAAUCCUGGUGCUGGUCUGCAUGCCUCACUUUGACAUUAUAACCAAUUUGUAUAUUUUGAAUGGUGUUUGCCUUCUUCCUGCUUUUCUGCAAGUAGUGUUUCAGCUGAAACCACUCAAAUCUUCUAUGUUGCUCCCAUUGGUCGGCUUUGGCUUUGUUUUCCUGGGUCUCUUGCUUUUUAUUUUAGCUCACAACCCACAGCAGCAUUCAGAAGAGGUUAAACACAUUAAACCGUACGUGGCCCUUGCAAUAGUUGCCUUGAUACUCGUAUCUUUCAAUUGGUGGGAAAAUUUUAUGUCGUACUGCAAAAUUGGAAUAAUGGAAAAUAUAAGGGAAAACUUGCGAUGCACCAGAAACAUCACGUAUGUUUGUAUCAGUACAGUUCGAAUUCUAGUUGUUGGUGCUGUAGUGGCAGCAUGGAUUCCAAUGAAGCAAUCUAAGUGGGAAGAUGUAAAAACCGUUUCACAAUUUGAUCUAAAAAUUAUUUUGUGCCUGUUUGGAAUACAGGGGAUUUCUUCUGCUCUUUGCCACUGGUUUGGGGUUCUGGUGUGUAAAAUGCAUGCAGUCAGACGUAGCUUUGCUGUGCCUUCCAUAUUAGCCACACCAGUUGUGUUUUUUGCUUUUUUGAUUGUGCUGUAUGACAGCUUCAGUAAAUAUGGCAAAGCAGAUACCUUUAACUUGACUGCCCUCUGCCACAAUUUAAAAACCUCCAACAAUAGUGAUACUGUGCAAAUUCUACUUUUAGAAAUUCCUCGCAGCCUUUGCAGAGGGCAAGCAAUAUUAAUUUCCAACAAAGUGGGCUUGGCACUGCUUGGCUCCUUGGCUGUAUGCUUUUGGCUAGGGCUGAUUUUCUCAACAUUCUACGUGUGGGGCCAGCACAUUCAAAGGAUUGAAAGGACAUCCCAGCUGUUUGUUCGACGACUGUAUGAGGCAGCCUUCAUGGAACAGUCAAUGCUGCUUAACACACGGGUCCAGAAAAAGAAUGAGACGAAGAAUGAAAGAAAGUCGGACCAUGUCAUGAUAUAUCUGUGUGCAACAAUGUGGCAUGAAACAGUGGACGAAAUGGCAAAGAUCCUUACUUCAGUAUUCAGGUUGGAUAAAUACAAACCAAACUCUUCAAAAUCACAUAAAGACAAUUUUGAGUUUGAAGCACACAUUUACUUUGAUGAUGCUUUUCAUCUCACUAAUCUUAAUGACAAUGUACAGGAAAGAGUUUUGAAUCCAUAUGUUAAAAACCUUGUUUGCGUAAUGGAAGAUAUUUACAGAAUAUUUUCACAUGAAAAACAGACUUUGAAGGAUGAACAAGAAGAUGAUGACACAGUGAAGCAAACCAUAAUGGAGACACCUUAUGGUGGAAGAAUCACAUACACCCUUCCAUAUGGAAACAUACUUUAUGUUCAUUUGAAAGACAAGCUGAAAAUUCGGCACAAGAAGAGAUGGUCUCAGAUCAUGUACAUGUAUUAUCUGCUGGGAUGGAAAUUAAUUAAAAAGUACAUGAUCUUAUCAGGCAAAUUUGAAGAUGAAAUGUCUACUACAAAUGCCUUAAAGACAGAGAAGGAAAACACUUAUAUUUUGGCUUUGGACGGGGACACUGAUUUCCAACCCUCAGCUUUGAUCUUGUUAGUUGACAGGCUGAGAAGAUAUUCACAUGUUGGGGCUGCAUGUGGUAGAAUACAUCCAACUGGAACUGGUCCUAUGGUCUGGUACCAGAAGUUUGAAUAUGCUGUUGGUCACUGGCUACAGAAGACAGCUGAACAUGUGCUAGGCUGCGUACUGUGCAGUCCAGGAUGCUUCAGUUUGUACAGGGCAGCAGCCCUAAUGGAUGAUAAUGUUGUGAAAAAAUACACCACCAAAGCGACAGAAGGACAACAUUUUAUCCAAUAUGAUCAAGGAGAAGACCGUUGGCUGUGUACAUUAUUACUACAACAGGGGUGGCGUGUAGAAUAUAAUGCAGCUUCAGAUGCCUAUACAAAUGCUCCACAGGAGUUCAAAGAAUUCUACAAUCAACGACGCCGUUGGGUGCCUUCAACUUUGGCAAAUACAAUCGAUCUUUUAAACAGUGGAGCACAAACAUCCAAGAGAAACCUCUCAAUUUCAAAACUCUACAUUCUGUAUCAGAUUAUUGGAACAGCAGCAUCAAUUCUGGGUCCUGCCACUGUGGUUUUGAUGAUAGCAGGAGCAUUUACCUUUGUGUUUAACUGGAAUGGAAAUGUUGCUCUGGCCCUUGGAGUCAUGCCUCCCGCCAUCUACAUACUGAUCUGUUACAAAGUCAAAUCAGAUACCCAGAUUAUAAUUGCUGCUGUGAUGAGCAUCUUUUAUGCUUUUCUAAUGAUUGCCACAGUAAUGUCCAUUAUUGGUGAACUGGUGAAAGAAAACACCUUUAUUACUCCGACAGGCUUGUUCUUCAUCUCGAUGAUGAUCCUUUACCUCUCAACAGCAAUGUUACACCCCCAAGAAUUCCCCCUUGUUUUUUAUGGAUUGUUGUACAUCAUUUGUAUCCCCAGCGGAUACUUGUUGUUACCAAUAUAUUCCAUGGUAAAUAUGAAUAAUGUUUCAUGGGGCACACGUGAAACAGUCACUCCGAAAAAACGGGACAAAAUUAACACUAAGCAGAUUCUGCAAUACGAAAAGAAAUGCAAAUGUAUCUGUUGGGAUAUUGAAUUUUUAAUCAAAGAGGAUAAAAAGGAAUUAGUUCACCAUGCAGACAGUACAAUUGAAGAAGAAGAAAUAAUGGAACCACGAAUUGAAGACAAUUGGAUAAGCAAUUUGCAAGAGCAGUCAUUCCAUAUAAUGCUUGUUGUUGAAGAACUUGAUGAAGAAGAAAUCCCAUUCUGGAAUGAUCUCAUUGAAUUGUAUCUUAAACCUAUUGAAGAAGAUAAAGAAAAACAGGCAGAGGUAGCAAAGGAAUUGAAUACUCUCAGAAACAAGGCAACUUUUCUCUUCUUCAUUAUUAAUACACUGUGGAUUGUUUCAACGUUUUUUCUACAAGCAAUUGGUCCAGAGAUACACAUCAAGAUCCCUAAAAUUCUCCCAAAUGGUACUGUUUCAAAAAGUGAAAUUCUUACCAUCGAACCACUCGGCUUCAUGUUCUUGGUAUCGUUCGCUGGACUGUUGGGAAUUCAGUUCCUCACCAUGUUGUACCACAGUAUAAAGAUCAUGAGGUGUGACGAUAUACAGAAGAAAAAUAACCAGUCGUUGAGAAAAAUCAAGCUACACCUCACCAGCGUCACACAAAUAUUACCAUUAGCUUUGUGUGUGAAACACAAUUUGAUAACUACUCAGGGAUAUUGCAGCGAAGAUCUGUGGUUCGUGUUACAAAACAGAAAAAUAUACAAUGAGAGUUAUUUUCUAGUACAUCAACAGUAUCCCAUCGACUGUCAGCUGAGAAAUUUGUUGGUAUUGGACCCAUUUGGAAAGAGGCACACAAGUGCCGAUAUGAUUGGUCGUACAUACGUGCAUCACCCAUAUGUGCCCCACUCAUCUCACUUCCUCUCUCAAUCUGGAUUCAGCUGACCAACUAGAAUAACAUCUAAACCAGCCAUUUCUCAUUUUUCCCUAGACUAGUGAGCUAUCUUGAAGACAUGGUGGUACCCACAGCCCUCUAUCUUUGGGAAGAACAAUUGACUGGCUUGGAUGCUGACCUGGGCAUAUGAUGCCAUUUAGCCAUUUUUGCAUAGUUCUGCCACCACUCUCAACUGACAUAAGCAAUUUGUGCCGUACUAGCGUAACAGCCUGAUUUGGGAACUAUCUAGUUAUUAGCCCAUAAAAUUCAAGUAAACAUAUAUUUCAAGUGAGGAAACCUUUCAGAAAUAUUGUUGGUCUUCAUAUUAUCAGAUUUGAUUAAUGCUCCCUACCUCUGAACUUAAUUCAACAUCCUAUUCAUAAUAAGAGAAACAUUUCCAUAAAUUAGUGGAAACAGCUCAGGAAUGAAUAAGUUCUGAUCUGUCUCAAGAUUGGCAUGCAUCAUAGUAAAUAUUUACAAGCUACUAUAUAAUGUACUUGUGACAGUCGCUAAAUUGAAGAAUUGGAAAGAUAAUGUUAGCCAUGU